AUGAAUCUGCCAAUUAUAAUAUCGAAAAACAAAUUGAAAGCCAGUUUCGACAAAAUUCACGAAUGGGAUGGAAAAGCGAGAAGUAGCGAAGAAUUCGAUAUCGCAGGUGUCAAAUGGAUGAUUGGCAUCGAAUUGGAGCCGAUCAAUUCUGACAAGCGAUUGCAUGUGUUUUUAUGCUGUGAGAUGGAUGGAGUUUGGAUAAGUGCUGUCGAUAAUUUGCAAUUUAAACUUUUAAGUGGGUUUUUAGGGAUAAAAACCUAUAAAAUAACUGUUUUCAGGGUAUUUCAAUCCAGACAUUGUGCAAAUAAAUACAACAAAAUAUUUGAUGAAUUGUGAUAGUUUUGUGGGAACUCAAAUUUCGAAAUUUCAAUGGUCAAAAAUGUGUCCAUCAAACUAUGGAUAUGUAAGAAGUAACUCGAUUUCUUUCGAAAUCACCUUCGACUUCAUUUAUCAACAUUUCAAUAAAAUCGAACAUUUCACAGAUUUUGUGAUAAAUAUUGAUCAAAUGGAAUUGAAUGUUAAUAAGGGAGUGAGUUUUGAAAAAUUUAUUUUAAAAAUAUCAAUUUUUUUCAGUUUCUCUGCGCUUCCUCUGAAUAUUUUUAUAAUAAAAUUGUUGUUGCGCGAGAAAGAAAAGAAGAAAUUCGAAAAAUCACAAUCCCUGACAUUGAAGUUGGUCCCUUUAUGCUUCUUCUCGCUUUAAUGCACCCAAGCCUUGAUGUUCCUGCUGAAAAAUUGGAGAACUCUUUGGAAUUGGCGAAUCGCUUCAAAAUCAACUCAAUUAAUCUGAAAUAUGCUUCGAAAAUCCUCGCAGUCAUUGAACAUCAUUCAAAGAAUCCGGAAUAUCAAAUGAAGCCAAAAUAUUUUUUGAAAUGUUUACAGUUUGCUGAAAAAGCUGAAAUGAAUCAGGAAUUUAUGGUGAGACACAGAAUUUUUAAAUUAUUUGAAAUACCUUAACAAUUGUUUUAAUUUUGAGAGUUUUCUGAUGAACACGUUUCAAACUUCGAAGGAAAUAAAACAAUUCUCGAAAAUUUCUGGAUUCGAGAAUCUCAAAGAAUCGACAAAAGCCAUGCUUCUUCAUCGAGUUUUGGAAACACUUUAA